AUGUCCCGGAGGACGCUGGGUGGCGGCCGUGUCUUGGGCACUCCGAGUGCGCUCUCAGCCCCGUCCCCGUCCCCGCAGCCGAAGAGGGUACUAUCGCCAGCUGCUAGCAGCGUCUCUCUAAGCUCGCAGACCUCUGUAUCACAGUUCUCCUCGACCACUCAAGACCUCACCUCGCGCAUAUCCUUAGAGAAUGGCAACACUUCGAUAUCCGCGCCGCCCGCCGCUCCCGGGGCGCAGCUAUCAUGCCCGAUCUGCAGCGAAGAAAUGGUGACUCUUCUUCAACUUAAUAGACAUCUCGACGACCUUCACCAAAACUUGGAGGAUGGCACACAGGAUGAGGUCAAGGACUGGUUCAAGAUCCAGAUGGAAAAAGCAAAAAGAUUUCAGCCACUGGCCGUGUUAAACCAAAAGCUCAAGGGUCUGGAUGUAUUCGAGUCGAAUGAGAAUCAAGCAUCCUCGGUCUCGAGCCGUCCACUGGCUUCUCACUCCCAUAUACCAACCCCAAACCCCCGAAACUACUCGACCCCGAAGACCUCAUUACAAAGGAACACUGGCAAGCUGCUUAUGAAGCUUUCGCGGUCGGCACACCACGAACCUAUCAGAGGUAUUUGGGCUCGUGUCUGCGAGACUUGCUAUAAAUCGAGGGAGGGUUACAACGAUCACAAUGGAGCAUCGAGAGAUAAAAUGGCUUCGUUUAAAUCCAUCCGGCAGCAAAUGGUUGAUAAGGAUCUCCUGGAAGUUUCGCGCCUCGAAAAGCGAUUAACGCGACUCACACAAUUAUUGGCGAGUCUACCACCCGAUCAAGUUCAACCCAGCGCAACGAAACUAUUUUCCAUUGGAUGGCAAAGUGACCAGCGAAAGACCCUGGAGCAGACGGUUGUAAGCUGGCAGGAUGAUGCUAGUGUGUCGCGGUGUCCCUUCUGCCAGCAGGACUUUUCAGGGUAUUCCUUUCGGAGGCACCAUUGCAGAACUUGUGGGCGAGUUGUUUGCGGCGACGUUGGAACUGGUUGCUCUAGUGAAGUUGGGCUGAGCAUUACACCUGGUACGCUGCUAAUACUUGUCGUCUCCGGCCGACUGUUUCUAACAUUUUCAAUAGUUUCGAAAUCGUCAGAAAAAGUAGCCGCUAACAAUCUGCUCAAUAUCGACGUGAGACUUUGCAAAGAUUGCAAGUCUACGUUGUUUGAUCGGCGCGACUUUGAGGCUGAUAUCACGCACAAACCUCCGGAAGCCAGGUCUUACGACAAUCUGAUCCAGUUCGAGAGAGGAAUCCGCUUGCACUUGCCUGAAUUCCAGAAACUCCUCUCCGCGCUCCAGGAUCCAAGACGCCCGCCUUCGUCAGCUCAAAUAGCAGAUGCAUCCAAAGUCCGCAAGCGACUUAUGGAUUCUUUCGCAAAAUAUGAUGUUGCGGCUCGACGAAUCCGCGACCUACCCACCAACUCCCCCACCCAACAGCGCUUGCAAAAGGCCAUCUACCAACAAGCCAGCAGUUUCCUCCACCUCCAUAUGUUACCUCUGAAAGCCCUACCCAAGGUCCUGAAACAUGCACCGUCGAACGGAGGACGCAUGUCUAGCCCCGCCACAUCGUCACCAAACACGCCAGUAAACGGCUCACCGGCACCUGGUGCUAAGCCCCAGGAUUCCGCACUUGCAUCCAUUAAAUAUAACAAUCGUGUCGCCGCCAGCGGAAGCACCAGCAGCCUCGCAAGCGAUACAAGCAGCGCCAAAUUCUUCGUAUCCGAGAUGAUCGCCGAUGCCAACCGUCGCCGAAAAUUCGACGAGGUGAGCAGUCUUGCCGUCAACGUCGAGGACCUGAGUCGUGAAAUCGACCGAGUGAACGGGAUGCUAGCUGGGCUGGAUUUCGAAGGCGUCUACACGGGAAACCUUCAAGCGAGCGCUUGA